AUGGAUACUCACGCUUCAUACCCUGACCUUUCGGGAAAGGUGGCCCUCAUCAUGGGCAUCGGGCAGACAGUUGUCUCCCACUCGACCCAAUGGGGCAACGGAGCCGCUAUUGCCUACCGUCUUUCCCAGAAUCACGUCAAGAUCUUUGGGUGUGACCUCAACAUUGAGGCUGCCAAGAACACCCAGUCCCGCCUCCCCGGUCCGUGCGAUGUCAUGAUUGCCGAUGUCACGUCGGCAGACGAUGUUGCCAAGGUUGUCAAGGCGUGCUUGGACAAGCAUGGACGCAUCGACAUUCUCAUCAACAAUGUUGGAUAUCCCAUCUUGGGCAAUGCCGUCACGCUCCCUGAGGAGGCGUGGGACAAACAGAUCAACGUCAACCUAAAAAGCGUCUACCUAAGCUGCCAUCUUGUCCUACCCAUCAUGGAGAAGCAAGGAUCAGGCACCGUCAUCAACAACGCCUCGAUCGCCGGCUUGCGUUACCUCGGCAAAUCCCAAGUCGCCUACAACAGCGCCAAAGCUGCAGUUAUCCAUUUCACACAGGUUACGGCAGCCGAGUUUGCUGGCAAAGGGAUCAGGUUGAACUGUGUUGUCCCAGGCCUGAUAUUUACGCCGCUGGUGGAACAAUGGGAGCACAGCAGCAGCGAGAUAGAGAGGAGGUCGUUUCAACAGCUCACAAACAUGAAAAUUCCUAUGGGAAGAAUGGGGAAUGCUUUUGAUGUGGCGAACGCCGUCUUGUUUCUCAGCAGUGAGGGUGCGAGGUACAUCACUGGUCAAUCUUUGGUGAUGGAUGGUGGUCUUAUCGUCUCAACUGGCACCUGA